AUGCCAUUUCGGUAUUUCGGUGUACCCUUUUGUCAACUAUCCACACUAUCAAUUCGACGCUAUUCAUCAGACUCUAUGCGUGCUAUUGAAACAUCUAAUUCAUUGUAUAAACGUUUUAAAUGUCAUACGUGUGAGAUGCAUAUUGACGCUAAUUCGACACAGUUAACCUAUCUAAGAGAAACGGAUAUAUUUGAUCUUCAAGGAAUCAAAGAAAAAUUUCAAUUGUUUCACAAUGAUUUUUUAGUGCAAGGGACAACACCUGGUCAUAAAAUAUCGAUAAUAGUUGCACAUGGUAAUUUAAUUAGUGCCUUUCGUUACUAUAUCAGGUCGGGUGGUAAUCUUAACUUAACAUUGCCCAAAGACACUAUAGGCAGAGAAUAUCGUCUUCCAUCUCAUUGUGGUACCACUGUCAUUUUGGCAAAACAGGAGAAGAGGAAUGAAAGGAUGGUUACAUCACAAUUAGUUGGUGUAAUUGAAUUGAAACAGGCCUAUCGAACGUUUAUGUGUUUGCGAAUCUCAUACGACUUUGUACACAAAAAUGGGAAUUGCAGCCAUAUUCGUACUAUGGAAAAACAACAAAUUAUUCAGUCAUUUCUAAACGAUUCCCAAGCAUUGAACAAAACAUUUAUCAAAAGCAAAUUGGAAAAAGCCUAUUCUGCUGAUAUUAAAACGAUCGGUUAUGUCUGUGAAAAAAUGAAUGGCAACUAUUUCUAG